AAAAUACUAAAAAAUCUAAUAACUCAAAAACCUCAGAAAAUAUCUCUACUCCUCUAGCUAACUCAAACCAAUCCUUCUCAAAGUUAUCUGAGGAGAACUCUGUUCAGAAUGAUCAGAAAAAAAACAUUGAAACUCAAGAGCAAAUGAUCAUUAAGUUCUCUUCUCUUACUUCACCAAAAGUAGUGAAUGAAAAUACAAACAAUAAGCAAAACUCAAACCUUAUAGAAGUUAAUGCAGAUAGCAACUCAAAAGAAGAACUUUUCACUAUUACUAUCUUAAAGAAAUCUAAAAAUAAGACAAAAAAGAAAGAUGAAAGUCAUUCUAAAUCAACUAGAUCACUAAGAAAAAAAAACAUCUCUUCUGAUAAUGAAAUAAAGAGCAAAUGCUAUCAGAAGUACUAA